AUGCCAUCGACCAUAGAGCGUCAAUCUGUGGCUCCACCUUCCGACGAGACCACCGCCGCCGAGCUCUCCAAGGCAUUCCUCGUCCCGCUCGGCUCCCGCUCCUACUCCAAACAAUACGCCCAACUGUACGACUACCGUCUCGCCUACCUCAAGAAACGCAUCCUUCCGCGAGCAAAAUCACGAUGGAUCGACAACUUUGACUCCUUCUCCCAGUCUCAGUCCCAACCUUUGUCGCAGCUCGAUUCUUCCGAUGCCGGCCCCUCUUCCGAUGGCGGCGCUGCAAGGGUCAAGAUGGACGACCCGCCCAAGCUGGUCGAUCGGAUCCUCGACAUUCGUCAGGGUGACAUUUGCUACGUCGUCGGCAACGUGUACUGCGCCAUGCCCCUCAAACCGGACGUACUGGAGGACCUGACACGAGAGCAGUGGCUGGCACCGCAACCGGUACGAGCCAAGUUUGUGGAUUAUGCAAAGGACGAGUUGUUCAUCGAAGAUCAGUCAGGUCGAGUCAAGUUGGUCGGGGACGCGAUUCGUGGUGGUACGGCAUUGAGGUCUAUGCUCAUCACGGGCGUUGUUGCAGCAGUGCUGGGUACGGAGACGCGCGCGGGAGACUUUGACGUCGUCGAUGCCGUCUUUGCUUCCCUACCGCCACAAGCCACGCCCAAAAGCGUCCAGAACGGCACUUCCAAGUCAAAGCACAGCGUCGACGAAGCACAAGAUCAGUGGGCGGUGCUCAUGAGCGGCCUGGCUAUCGGAGGUGAUGCAGCGCUCGAAUCACAGCUCUCGAUGCAGCUCCUCGUCGAGUAUCUCAUAGGCGAACUCGGCGAGCAGGACGACCGCAUCUCAGCGUCCAACAUCGUAGCCGCCGUGAUCGCCGGCAAUUCGGUCGCCGCACCCACACGCACUGAAGAAGAGGACAAACCCAAGCGUUACGGUCAGGACCAACCCACCUUCUCGUCCGCACCGACGCUCGCGCUCGACCAACUCCUCACCGAUCUAUGCUCCGCCAUGCCCGUCCACCUGCUCCCCGGCGAAAGGGACCCGGCAUCCGUCGCCAUCCCACAACAGCCCAUCCACUUUGCCCUGCUCCCUCGCGCCGGUCGCUUCGACUCGCUUCACCGCCACACCAACCCAGCGUGGCUACCCGUCGGCCAGCAGCGAAACCUCCUCGCCACCUCGGGUCAAAACAUCGACGACAUCUUCAAGUACGUCCAGGAAUCCGACGAGUCGCGCAUCGAGAUGGCACUGCGUACGUUGGAGUGGGGUCAUCUGGCUCCUACUGCGCCGGACACGUUGUGGUGCUAUCCGUUCAAGUCGGGCGAUCCGUUUGUGCUGAAGCAGAGACCGGAUGUGCUCGUGGUGGGAAAUCAGCCGGCGUAUGCUAGUGCAGUGUAUCGGUUUGACGAGGAGGAGGAGGAGCAAGACAGGGAGGAGAAAGGAUGUAGGGUUGUGCUGGUCCCGGAAUUCGCAAAGACGGGACAGGUGGUUAUGCUCAAUUUGACAUCACUCGAGACCCAACUCAUUUGUAUCGAGACACCAUUGUAG